GUUCUCCUUAAGCUCAGAGCUGCACAGCCACUCCAUGGUGACAGUGAUCGGCAGGGAGGUGGAGGAGCACUUUGAGGACUUUGGGGAGAGCAACACCUCGGAGCUGCUGCUGGACACCACUGAGGAGGGGACAGAGGGAGAGGGGGACUCGUCCCACCUCCAGACUCUGGACCAGAACAACUGCUCCUCCCUGCUACUCUCUCCCAGGUACGGACCACCCUUAAAGAACGGCAGCCAGUCAAUAGCCCACACUCGAGUCCAACUAAGCACUCAAGGUAUGACUGUGACGUAUAGGAAUGUGUAGGCUAGGCUUAGUACUACUAAUCAGUUGAAAACGGACAUGUCGGAUGAAGGUCACCCACAGUAUCUGCCACAUUGUUACCAACGACAACAUCAUUUUAUCCUAGGGUAUCAUCUCUAAAGUCAAACGCACAGUGUAGUUGUUAGUAGUUGUCAUCAUUGGCUCCUGUCAGGGAACAGGGAAAUUGUCCUGUUGGAUAGAGUAGCAGGGUAGAUUUAAUUAGCUACAAUCUAACAGCCACAACCUCCCCCGGUGCUGUUAUAACCAGACUGACUGGCUGUAUAUUUGGAAAGACUGGAGGCCAAACAUGUUAAGAACUCUGGCGACGUCCUUCCCAUUCCACCCCUACUGCCUCCUGUUCCUGAAGGGUGAGAUAAAAGAAAACAAGGGCAACGUUCACGUACUCACACUCUCUCUCCCUGUUGCUGCUUACUCUGUGAAACUGAGGACACGGGCUGGAUUCCAUUCCUAAAAGCGCGCUCCCUUCUCUCUGCCCUUCAUUGCUCGCUCUGAGGUAUCUGAAAGGACUGGGCAGGUGAAAGCAAUAUGGUGCAAACUCAUUUAUACUUACACACAUCCAGUCCCCUUGAGUUUACAAGGGCAUGUUAUUAAGGGGAGACAUAACCAUGUUUCUGGAAUGGAAUUCAGCCAAAGUUGAAAGUUCCAGGCUUUCCAUAGGCUCCAAACACAAAGUUGAGGAUUGAGCCGGCCAAUAUGGAUGUGUCUGUCUCAUCUGACCACACCUGUACACUCACUCCCCUCUCUCCUUCCUCUGACACAGUACUGCUCUGCCUGAACGCUACUGAGCACUUCCUCUCCUUUUUCUGCAGUCACUCCACCCCCUCCUUCUCCUACACUUUGUUUUCAGAGACACUAAGCCGGAUAAUGCGUAAUUCCCGUUUGGGUGAUAUUUUCCCGAUCGCUCAUGCCAGGAAGCGCUUAGCCAGCUAACUGUAUAGCUUUUCUCGCUCUGUCACAAUAUGGAAAUAAGCUGGCUAAAUGGCUUUAAUGAUUCCUUCCGAGUUACCAGUAAUACUAAACCUUUUUCCCCCUCUGUAAUUCAACCUUACAACCAUAACUUCCUUCCAACCAGAAUAAAUGGGCACUAAGGCAGUUUGAAUGAGUCCAUUGUGAUUUCCAGUGUGUUGCAGGAGCAUUGUGGUUAGUGCAGUGCUGUAUGAGGUGAUGCUGAGAGACAUACUACUGGUCAGAGCUGAAGUGUAAAAUUGCUCUGACAUCCUUCACACUGAUGUGUGUAAACGACACCUCUGUACGCACAGGAUGUGAACCACUCUCCUUGUCUUACUAGACACACACACAAACACACACACCUAGACAGUACACUGCUGCUUCACUGCCACUGUCUACAAACACACACUGUUGCAUCACUACUACUGCAACACACACAUAUACACCCUACUGCAGCUGUUACUUCACAUUAGUGUCCUUCACUAUACCUUCCUAAUAUUGAGUUGCAACCCCACCUUAUGCCCUCAGAACAUCCUCAAUUUGUCAGGGCAGGGACUCUAUAAGGUGUUGAAAGCGUUCCACAGGGAUGCUGGCCCAUGUUGUCUCCAAUGCUUCCCACAGUUUUGUCAAGUUGGCUGGAUGUCCUUUGGGUGGUGGACCAUUCUUGAUACACACAGGAAACUGUUGAGCGUGAAAAACCCAGCUGAGUUACAGUUCUUGACACAAACCGGUGCGCCUGGCACCUACUACCAUACCCCGUUCAAAGGCACUUAAAUUCUUUGUCUUGCCCAUUCACCCUCUGAAUGGCACACACACAAUCCAUGUCUCAUCUGUCUCAAGGCUUAAACAUCCUUCUUUAACCUGUCUCCUCCCCUUCAUCUACACUGAUUUAAAUGGAUUUAACAAGUGACAUCAAUAAGGGAUCAUAACUUUCACCUGGAUUCACCUGGUCAAUCUGUCAUGGAAAGAGCAGGUGUUCUUAAUGUUUUGUACACUCAGUGUAUAAAAGUGAGCCCAAUGACAGGACGAAACCUCGGUUGCAACAACGCUUUUAGAUGGUAUCAAACCUUUCAGUAAACCCCACAGCCCAAUUUUGUCUCACUUUUCACUAACUCUGAUAAUCCUGCACUCUUGAUUCCCAAAGCUUCCUCUUCUCCAUCACUGUGCACCCCACUUUUCUGUCACUCACUCCCUCUCCUCCCCCCCCCCCCCCCUCUCUUCCUCUCCCCAGCGCCCCCACUACUCUCCCCGCCAGCUUUCAGAGCUUCCUCAGGGAGGAGGCACUGGACUUUUUCUGUAACCAAUGUCACAAACAAAUCUCUCGCCUGGAGGACCUCUCCACUCGCCUCAAUUUCCUAGAGAUAAAUAGGUAACACGUCCCACCACCACUAUGUUUACCUGUGUGUGUGUGUGUGUAUUGCCGUGUUGACAAGGUAACACACACUGCUCUCGUUCUGUAUGACAGUGUGUAUGUUUUUGAAUAGGUUCGUCACACACAUCUCACUCACUCCACUAAUCUUCACUCUUCAAUGCACGUUUGUGUGUGAGAUGCGUUGUGUUGACAGCAUUGGUGUUUGGCUUGACUCAGCUUGCUCAUCGUAUCUGUACUGUAUUGUUAUAAUAAGAUUCGUAAGGUUAAAGGUGCAUAGUUGUUUGUAAAAGUGUGUUUGGUGGACCGUCGUGCUAGGUGGCCAACAGAAGGUUUGCCCAGAGUUCCCAUUGCUCAUAUCAGUGCAUGCCUUAUACGUUUCAUAUAUACAUACUGUAUCUCACAUCCUGUCAAGCUCAUGGAAAGAAUUCCGUCUGUGCAGUGACAAAUUGUAAAAAAGAAUGCUAAAUCUGAAUUAACUUCACAGGUGAGUGGUGUCAAUUGCAAUGGUUUGAACCUUUGUUUUAUCAGGGAGUCAUACUGAGACCAAGGUCUCUUUUACUAUUAGCCCUGAAUUACAGAAAAUACACACGUCAAAAUAGAAAUACAAAAUGCAAGCAGAAAGAAAGAAAGAAAAACACAGUAAUUAAAAACCAAACACAUCAGUAAUAAAGUUCUCAAUCAGCCUUCUGAAUUGCCCUAGAGGCACCAGAACAUCAAAUGUAAGAACAUUUUGAAGAUUGUUCCACAAAUAAGGUGCAAGAAAACUUAAAUCUGAUUUACCUAACUCCGUAGAGACCAAAGGAAUUUCCAGAGUUAACCAUCCCUGAGACCGGGUGUGGUAACUCGUAUGUCUAAAGUUUAGUAAUGAUGUAAGGUACAGUGGGACUUUAUGUAAAAGGACUUUAUAAAUUAAAACAUAGCAAUGUAUCAACCUACGUGACAUCAAAUUUUAUUUUUUUAUUUUUAUUUAACCUUUAUUUAACCAGGAAGGGCUCAUUGAGAUUUAAAAUAUCUUUUUCAAGAGCGUCCUGGCCAAGAUAGGCAGCACCAAGUCAUUACAAAAAAUUACAGACAGACAACAUGAAAAACUACAAGUAAUCUAGUAAAAACCAUUCAUGAAUUCACAAGAGUAUAACAAUAUCAAAAACAGCAAAUUAAAAACAUUGACAGGUCAGGGAAUCAGCCUCAAAAUCCUUCAUCAGAGAUUUAAAAACACCAAUCGGGACAAGUUCUUCCAGUUUAAAAUUAUUUUGUAAGGUGUUCCAAGACGAUGGCGCAGAGUACAUAAAAGACCUUUUACCAAAUUCAGUUCGGACAUUUGGAACAGUUAGCAGGAUAAAGUCCAGUGAACGAAGAGAGUACCCACCACAUUUCUGAACAAUAAAAAUGCCCAAAUAAAAAGGUAGUAAACCCAAAAUGGCUUUGUAAAUAAAAGUAUACCAGUGACUGAGCCUACGAGUGACUAGAGAAGGCCAGCCAACCCUGGUAUACAAAGUACAGUGGUGCGUAAGGGUUUUGCAGUUUAAAAUAAAUCUCAAAGUACCAUGAUAAAGAGUGUCAAUUGAUCUCAAACACUGAGCGGAAGCAUUCAUAUAUAAAAUAUCCCCAUAGUCUAGUAAAGGCAUAAAUGUAGCUGAUACUAGCCUCCUUCUGGCUUCAAAAGAAAAACAGGCCUUAUUCCUAAAAUAAAAUCCCAAUUUCAGCUUCAAUUUUUUUGUAAGUUGUUGAAUAUGCAAUUUAAAAGAGAGGCCGUCAUCAAUUAGAAUUCCAAGAUAUUUAUAUGAGGGCCAACCAACUUUCUUGUUGCAGUGAUGAGCACAAAAAUGUUAGCCCGUAAUAAAGCGCAGUGCGCUGUGAUAAACUGCCUCUUAUGAAGUGGCAACUGCGUUAAUAUAGAUGAUGUCGCCAUAGUCUAGGACCGAUAAGAACGUUGACUGAAUAAUCUGCUUUCUACUAUUUAGCGAGAGGCAGGACCUAUUUCUAUAGAAGAAGCCCAUUUUUAUUCUCAGCUUCUUAACAAACUCAUCAAUAUGCUUUUUAAAAGACAGCUUUUCAUCUAUCCAGAUGCCCAGAUAUUUGUAAGCAGGGACACGAUCAAUAUGGACACCAUCCAAAGUACAUAUGCUUAAUCAUCAGACUUAUUUUUAUGCGCUCUAGAGAACAACAUAUACUUAGUUUUACCUGCAUUCAAUACUAUUUUCAGGUCAAUAAAGUUCUUCUGUAAUACAAUGGAGGCAGACUGUAGUUCAGAUAGAGCCUGGUCAACUGUGGGGCAAUAGCAUACACAACAGUAUCAUCGGCAUACAAGUGCAGGUUACAAUUUUUUAAAGAGAAGUCGAUAUUGUUCAUGUAAACAGUAAAAAAUACAGGACCCUGAAUCGACCCCUGCGGGAGACCUUUUGUAAUAUCCAGGAAACCUGAUUUAACACCAUCAGUAGAUACAUUGAGUUCUAUCUGUCAAGUAAUUUUUAAACCAGUUACAUGCAGCCUGAUCUAGGCCAAUUUGAGGAAAGCCUCGGAAUUAGCAGUAUCAAGCCUUUGACGUGUCAAUGAAGAGGGCAGCACAAUGUUGCCUUUUUAUCCAUACUGUUAACCACAUUUAUAACUAGGGAUGCAGCAGAGAUAGUGCUAUAUGAUCUGGUCUAAAACCCGACUGAUAUACAUUUAGAAUACAUUUCAAAGAUAAGAAAGAUCUUAGCUGAGAAUUAAUCAAGGAUUCUAAUAUUUUAGCUAGGCAAGAAAGUUUAGAAAUAGGCCGGUUUUAAUUAUUCAGGUCACAAAGGUCACCACCUUUGUGAAGGGGGAGUACAUUGGCCGCCUUCCAAACCUUGGGGAUAGUACCAGAGAUAAUCGUCAGGUUAGAAAUAUGGGUUAAUGAUUCAUCAAUCGGGGGCAGAGAGCUGUAGUAAAAAUGGAUCGAGCAUAUCAGCUCCAGUAGAUUUCUUUUCUCCAUCAAUCUUAAGCAGGCAUCUAGCAUAUCACAGAUAGUAAAUUAUUGAAAUGAUAAAGAUUAACUUGAAGCUGACGGGUUAACCGUCGAGUCAGCUAGAGGCUGGCAGAGGGAAGAGCAGUCGAUUGACUGAGCAGGGUCAACUACACCACAGUUUCUCUCAAAUAAAAAGCCUGCCGAGAUAAAAGUAUGAUUGGUGUCUGGCUUAUGUGAUUGCUCUCAUGUUCCAUUUCAAGUAGUCCAUUGCAACCUUACAAAUAGACUGAAUCGUCUUGUGCCUGUUCAAAAAUUAACCUUUUUGUGCCUGGGUUUUGUUCAUUAGGAACACAACAGAAGAAAAUGGACUGAAACAGGGAGGGACUAGGCCUACCUCAGACUUGUCCAAUAAGAAACACGCAUGUUCGUUUUCUGUUGCAAAACAUUUUAAAAUGUAUUCUGUUGCGUGCCCUGAUGAACACGACCCUGGUUGUGUGUGUGACUACUCAGAUGUACAUGUGAACAUGUACCAUACUUUAGGACCCUAUCCUCCCAGUAUGACAACCUCUUUAUCCCUCUGCUUUUUGGAGCGAGGGAUGAGGGGAUGGGGAGUAGGAAAGAGAGACACCAGGAGACGGACAGUGUCUCUUUCCUCUUAUCCUUUCUCUCUUCCUGACUGGUUUCCUGUCUGGUUUCCAUUCAGCUCCAGCAAGAGGCUGUCCAGCAAGAAAGCAGCACGGUAGGUCAAAAUGUAUUUGUUGAAUUAAUUCUGUAGAAUAGUCUUUUAAAUUGAAUGUGAAAAUAUGGUGUAUUUUUGGGAUAAACAUGCCAAGCUUUCUUUAUGAUAACCAUUUUAGCAUAUUUCCUCUCCGGUGUUUCAGACACCUCCGGAACAGCUCCAUGACGCUGGGCAGCAUGGGCGAGCUGUCCCGGGACAUACUGGACCUGGCCGACACCGACAUCACUGACAAGGUCAGAGUUCAACAUCACAACACGGCAUCGGAACAUUAUACAGCAUCAUACAGAGUUGAUCAACAGUGUCAAACAGCAUUAUACAGCACUGAAUAUGAAUGUAAAGAAAGAGUUCAAUAGUUCUCAAUAACAUCACUUAAAUGCUACAAAGAACCUGUCAGUUCCACACAGUGUUGUACCACAUAACACCUUGUAAAGACUUGGAAGAUUAGCCCCCCCCCCCCCCCCCCCCCGUUGUGGGCUAAAAAGAUCCUAUUAAACAAACAACACUGCUCUGUUCUAAACCCUUACCCCGUCCCUCUCCCAGGUGCUCCUGCUGGAGCGUCGCACGGCGGAGCUGGAGAAGGACUCCGAGGCCAGCGGGGAGCAGCACACACGGCUCCGCCAGGAGAACCUGCAGCUGGUGCACCGGGCCAACGCCCUGGAGGAGCAGCUCAAGGAGCAGGAGCUCCGCGCCGAGGACCACCUGCACCAGGAGACCCGCCGCCACAAGGACGCCCUCACCAAGCUGGAGCGGGAGAGGGACCUGGAGCUGGAGAACUUGCAAGCUAGGUCAGUGGUGUGGGGUGGGUGGGUGUUCAGUUAUGUGUGCAUGUGUGAGAACUACAAUAAGUUGACCUAUAGAAGCGAAUAGGGCAGGUCUGUUUGUAUGUCUGUAAGUGUACGAGGGACCUGGGGGCAGGUGUUUGAAUGUGUAUCUGCACUGUGAAUGUGCAGAUACACAAAGCAAUGUUUAGAUUUUUAUAUACAAAUACAGCGAGGGUGGCCAGCAGUUGUGCCUGUUGCGUGGGUCUUUAGAGGCUGUGAUUGUGAACACUGCUCAUGACUGUGUAUCUGUCAAUUGCAAUGUGGGACAUGACUGCCACCUACUGGUCUAGAGUACCUCUGACCCUUGCAUAUCCUUUGAGCCCAAAGCGGUUUAUUUUAGGAGAGUAGACACAGGUGUCACAGCAGGUCAGUUUUAUUGUACUGUGUCUGCUCAGCUGUGAAUGUCAGUGUGUGGAACAGAAUAUGAAUUAUUUGAAUAGAUUUGAUCCAAACACAUUAACACAGUCGUGAAGAGGGCACGACAACUCCUCUUCGUCCUCAGGAGGCUGAAAAGAUUUGGCAUGGGCCCUCAGAUCCUCAAAAAGCUCUACAGCUGCACCAUUGAGAGCAUCUUAGGAUGAGCAUGUGCAUCUUCAAUAUGUACCCAUUAUUCCUCUUUAGUGCAUUUAACAAUAUGUCGCAAGUAAAAGCCUUGGGUAGCGAGUUGAUACAAUUCCAAGUCUGGAAGGUUAAAACCACCUUCUGACUUAGGAAGAUGGAAAAACGUUCCUUUUUAUUCUAUGAAUUGUAUUUGUCCAUAUAAAGUCUGUUAUGGCAUAGUAUACUUUUUUAAAGAAUGUCUUUGGUGGGGUAUUUGGUAUUACUGAGAAUAAAUAUAAAAACUUUGGAAGCCAUGCCAUUCUGAAGAGGUUUAUUCUACCUGUAAGAUUUAUGGGAAGAUUGUUCCGUUUAAUUAGAUCUGCUUUCAUAUUGUUGAGUAAUGGGAUAAAGUAAUCUUUAUAUAUUUGUCGUUUCUUGUCACUUAUUAAAGUAUUUUAUAUUUUUUGUGGUCUACUUAAAGGAUUGAUGUAGAUCAUGAGUUAUUCUUUUUCCUAUUGCCAUUAUUUUGUAUUUUUCCACGUUCAUUUUAUGUAUUUUUGUUGUUGUUGAGUAUUCUGAUUUUUUUUUGGGGGGGGAGGGGUUGACUUUUCAAUAUUGGUCAGGUAUAUCAGGAGAUCGUCAGCAAAUAAGUUUAGUUUAUAUUCAUACCAAUACUGAGACCUGUUGCGUUUGGGUCCUGUCUAAUUCUUUCUGCAAGCGGUUCAAUUGCCUGUGCAAACAGGAGGGGGGAGAGGGGACAUCCCAGUCUUGUGACCCUUUCUAAAGCAAAUUCAUCAUAUAAUGUGUUAUUUGUGUAUUUUUGCUUUAGGAUAUUUAUAUAAUAUUUUUAUUAAAUCUAUUGUUUCAGAUGGAAAGUUAAAGGCUUCCAAAGUUUUGAAUAGAAAAUGCCAUUCAAGACAGUCAAAAGCCUUUUCGACAUCAACAGACAUUAUUGAUAAAUCUACAUCUUGGUUUUUUUGCGUAUUAUAUUAUACUGAAACAUGUUCUUGAAUUUGUUUGUUAUUGUCUAUUUUUUAUAAACCCUGUUUGAUUAAUACAGUGGGGGAAAAAAGUAUUUAGUCAGCCACCAAUUGUGCAAGUUCUCACACUUAAAAAGAUGAGAGAGGCCUGUAAUUUUCAUCAUAGGUACACGUCAACCAUGACAGACAAAUUGAGGAAAUCCAGAAAAUCACAAUGUAGGAUUUUUUAAGAAUUUAUUUGCAAAUUAUGGUGGGAAAUAAGUAUUUGGUCACCUACAAACAAGCAAGAUUUCUGGCUUUCACAGACCUGUAACUUCUUCUUUAAGAGGCUCCUCUGUCCUCCACUCGUUACCUGUAUUAAUGGCACCUGUUUGAACUUGUUAUCAGUAUAAAAGACACCUGUCCACAACCUCAAACAGUCACACUCCAAACUCCACUAUGGCCAAGACCAAAGAGCUGUCAAAGGACACCAGAAACAAAAUUGUAGACCUGCACCAGGCUGGGAAGACUGAAUCUGCAAUAGGUAAGCAGCUUGGUUUGAAUAAAUCAACUGUGGGAGCAAUUAUUAGGAAAUGGAAGACAUAGAAGACCACUGAUAAUCUCCCUCGAUCUGGGGCUCCAUGCAAGAUCUCACCCCGUGGGGUCAAAAUGAUCACAAGAACGGUGAGCAAAAAUCCCAGAACCACACGGGGGGACCUUGUGAAUGACCUGCAGAGAGCUGGGACCAAAGUAACAAAGCUUACCAUCAGUAACACACUACGCCGCCAGGGAAUCAAAUCCUGCAGUGCCAGACGUGUCCCCCUGCUUAAGCCAGUACAUGUCCAGGCCCGUCUGAAGUUUGCUAGAGUGCAUUUGGAUGAUCCAGAAGAGGAUUGGGAGAAUGUCAUAUGGUCAGAUGAAACCAAAAUAGAACUUUUUGUUAAAAACUCAACUCGUCGUGUUUGGAGGACAAAGAAUGCUGAGUUGCAUCCAAAGAACACCAUACCUACUGUGAAGCAUGGGGGUGGAAACAUCAUGCUUUGGGGCUGUUUUUCUGCAAAGGGACCAGGACGACUGAUCCGUGUAAAGGAAAGAAUGAAUGGGGCCAUGUAUAGUGAGAUUUUGAGUGAAAACCUCCUUCCAUCAGCAAGGGCAUUGAAGAUGAAACGUGGCUGGGUCUUUCAGCAUGACAAUGAUCCCAAACACACCGCCCGGGCAACGAAGGAGUGGCUUCGUAAGAAGCAUUUCAAGGUCAUGGAGUGGCCUAGCCAGUCUCCAGAUCUCAACCCCAUAGAAAAUCUUUGGAGGGAGUUGAAAGUCUGUGUUGCCCAGCGACAGCCCCAAAACAUCACUGCUCUAGAGGAGAUCUGCAUGGAGGAAUGGGCCAAAAUACCAGCAACAGUGUGUGAAAACCUUGUGAAGACUUACAGAAAACGUUGACCUGUGUCAUUGCCAACAAAGGGUAUAUAACAAAGUAUUGAGAAACUUUUGUUAUUGACCAAAUACUUAUUUUCCACCAUAAUUUGCAAAUAAAUUCAUUAAAAAUCCUACAAUGUGAUUUUCUGGAUUUAUUUUUCUCAUUUUGUCUGUCAUAGUUGACGUGUACCUAUGAUGAAAAUUACAGGCCUCUCUCAUCUUUUUAAGUGGGAGAACUUGCACAAUUGGUGGCUGACUAAAUACUUUUUUCCCCCACUGUAUGUAUGAUGUCUGGUAAGACUUUUGCCAUUCUGUUGCUUAUGAGUUGUAUUUUAUUGUCGCAAUUUAUUGGUCUGUAAUCUGCAGGGGACUCUCACGAUUUUCCUGGUUUUAAUAUAACUGACAUAACGGUUUGAUACAUGGAACUAGGAAGCACUGAAAUGAGUGACGUGUGUUGUCAUUUGGGUAAAUAGGGCCAUUCAUUACUUUGUCCUAGAAUGUUAAAUAAAAUUGUAUAGGAAAGCCAUCAAUACCUGGUGCUUUCCUCUACGUUAAUGUUUUAAAUUUAUUUUUGGGUGAUUUCUAUUUUUAGUGAUAGUUUUUUGUCUGCUGAUAGCUGCUUCAGGGUUGUUAAGUCUAAGAAGGCUGUAGGAUCAGUCCAACUGUUGCUUAAUUGAGAGCAUCUUGACUGGCUGCAUCUGACCGCAAGGCGCUACAGAGGGUAGUGCGUACGGCCCAGUACAUCACUAGGGCCAAGCUACCUGCCAUCCAGGACCUCUAUACCAGGCGGUGUCAGAGGAAGGCGCUAAAAAUUGUCAAAGACUUUAGCCACCCAACUCAUUGACUGUUCUCUCUGCUACCACACGGCAAGUGGUACUGAUGCACCAAAUCUGGAACCAACAGGACCCUGAACAGCUUUUUACCCCCAAGCCUUAAGACUGCUAAAUAGUUAGUUAAAUACUUAACCAAAUAGCUACCCCAACUAUCUGCAGUGACCCUUUUUGCACUAACUUUGACUCAUCACAUACGCUACUGUUUACUAUAUGUCGCUUUAUUCCUAGCUACAUGUACAUAUCUACCUCAAUUACCUUGUACCCCUGCACAUAAACUCGGGACUCGUACCCCUUGUACAUACAGUUGAAGUCGAAAGUUUACAUACACUUAGGUUGGAGUCAUUAAAACUCGUUUUUCAACCACUCCACAAAUUUCUUGUUAACAAACUAUAGUUUUGGCAAGUCGCUUAGGACAUCUACUUUGUGCAUGACACAAGUAAUUUUUCCAAUCAUUGUUUACAGACAGAUUAUUUCACUUAUAAUUCACUGUGUCAGAAGUUUACAUACACUAAGUUGACUGUGCCUUUAAACAGCUUGGAAAAUUCCAGAAAAUGAUGUCAUGGCUUUAGAAGCUUCUGAUAGGCUAAUUGACAUCAUUUGAGUCAAAUGGAGGUGUACCUGUGGAUGUAUUUCAAGGCCUACCUUCAAACUCAGUGCCUCUUUGCUUGACAUCAUGGGAAAAUCCAAAGAAAUCAGCCAAGACCUCAGAAAAAAAUGUGUAGACCUCCACAAGUCUGGUUCAUCCUUGGGAGCAAUUUCCAAACGCCUGAAGGUACCACGUUCAUCUGUACAAACAAUAGUACGCAAGUAUAAACACCAUGGGACCACGCAGCCGUCAUACCGCUCAGGAAGGAGACCCGUUCUGUCUCCUCGAGAUGAACGUUCUUUGGUGCGAAAAUGCAAAUCAAUCCCAGAACAACAGCAAAGGACCUUGUGAAGAUGCUGGAGGAAACAGGUACAAAAGUAUCUAUAUCCACAGUAAAACGAGUCCUACAUCGACAUAACCUGAAAGGCCGCUCAGCAAGGAAGUAGCCACUGCUCCAAAACCGCCAUAAAAAAGCCAGACUACGGUUUGCAACAGCACAUGGGGACAAAGAUCGUACUUUUUGGAGAAAUGUCCACUGGUCUGAUGAAACAAAAAUAGAACUGUUUGGCCAUAAUGACAAUCGUUAUGUUUGGAGGAAAAAGGGGGUCCCUUGCAAGCCAAAGAACACCAUCCCAACUGUGAAGCACGGGGGUGGCAGCAUCAUGCUGUGGGGGUGCUUUGCUGCAGGAGGGACUGGUGCACUUCACAAAAUAGAUGGCAUCAUGAGGAAGGAAAAUUAUGUGGAUAUAUUGAAGCAACAUCUCAAGACAUCAGUCAGGAAGUUAAAGCUUGAUCGCAAAUGGGUCUUCCAAAUGGACAAUGACCCCAAGCAUACUUCCAACGCUGUUGCAAAAUGGCUUAACGACAACAAAGUCAAGGUAUUGGAGUGGCCAUCACAAAGCCCUGACCUGAAUCCUAUAGAAAAUUUGUGGGCAGAACUGAAAAAGUGUGUGUGAGCAAGGAAGCCUACAAACCUGACUCAGUUACACCAGCUCUGUCAGGAGGAAUGGGCCAAAAUUCACCCAACUUAUUGUGGGAAGCUUGUGGAAGGCUACCCGAAACAUUUGACCCAAGUUAAACAAUUAAAGGCAAUGCUGCCAAAUACUAAUUGAGUGUUUGUAAACUUCUGACCUAAGAAAGCUGAAAUAAAUCAUUCUCUCUACUAUUAUUCUGACAUUGCACAUUCUUAAAAUAAAGUGGUGAUCCUAACUGACCUAAGACAGGGAAUUUUUACUAGGAUUAAAUGUCAGGAAUUGUGAAAAACUGAGUUUAAAUGUAUUUGGCUAAGGUGUAUGUAAUCUUCCGACUUCAACUGUAGCCAAGUUAUCGUUACUCAAUGUGUAUCUAUUAUUACAUGUUUUACUUUUCUAUUAUUUCACUGUUUUCUUUCUCUCUGCAUUGUUGGGAAGUGCCCAUAAAGUAAGCAUUUCACUGUUAGUCCACACCUGUUGUUUAUGAAGCAUGUGACGAAUACAAUUUGAUUUGAUUUUGAAUAGGGGUUGUCAAUGUGUACUGCACUGUGGCUAUAUCAUCGGUGUAUGUUAUCAAACUGUGCUGCUUUCUAUCGUAGGCUGCAGCAGCUGGAUGAGGAGAACAGUGAGCUGAGGUCCUGUGUGCCCUGUUACCGUGCCAACAUUGAGAGACUAGAGGAGGUAAGAGCACUGUCUUUUCUCCUCCUCGUCCUUCUCCCCCUCCACCUCCCUUUCCUCUCCUUUCACCUCCAUAUCAAGCCAUUUCUCUUCUCUUCCCUCAUCUCUUUUCCCUCCAAUCCCUUGUCUAUUUACCUCUCCAUCCACCUCUUCUCUCCUUUAUGACCCCCAUUUCUCCAGUUUCCAUCUCUUCCCCUCAUAUCUCCUUUCUCUUCCCUCCCAUACCUUGUCUAUUUACAGUGAACUCCAAAGGUAUUGUGAUUUUUAUUUUAUUUUUGCUCUGUACUCCAGCACUUUGGAUUUUAAAUGAUAGAAUGACUGCGGUUAAAUUGCAGACUGCCAGCUUUAAUUUGGGGGUAUUUUCAUCCAUAUCGGGGGUACCGUUUAGAAAUUACAGCACUUUUUGUACAUAGUCCCCCCCAUUUUAGGGGGCCAAAAGUAUUGGGACAAAUUCUCUCUCUUUCUCUAAUAUAUACAGCUCUGGAAAAAAAUUAAGAGACCACUGCAAAUUUUUCUUAAAUCAGCAUCUCUAUAAUAAUAAUAAUAAUAUGCCAUUUAGCAGACGCUUUUAUCCAAAGCGACUUACAGUCAUGUGCGCAUACAUUUUUACGUAUGGGUGGUCCCGGGGAUCGAACCCACUACCCUGGCGUUACAAGCGCCAUGCUCAGUUGAGCUACAGAGGACCACUGUAGGAUCUCUACAUGUAUGACAGCCAUUCCAUUCCAGUGUCUGUUGAAUUCCAACACAGGCACACCUCAUUCUACUGAAUUAGGUACUGAUUAAGUGAUCACCUGAACCAAAUCUUAUUUAACGAGGAAAAGUAUAAAAACCACUGCUGUGGUCAAUACUAUCCUCUUGCAAUAGGACCGGCUGGAUGGCAAAAACAGUGCUAAUAGUACCUCAAAAGUAAUAUUAAUCAAAAAAUAACUAUUGACCAUGCCAAAAGAGUUGAAAAGGAAAGUUGAGUGAGGAAAAGGGUUCAAUUCUGGCUUUACAGGCAGAGGGAUACAGUGAGCGUCAGGUUGCUUCCAUCCUUAAAAUUUCAAAGACGGCGGUUCAUAAGAACAAGGUCAAGCAGCAGACAUUUGGGACAACAAAGCUACAGACCGGCAGAGGGCGAAAACGACUUUCUACUGACCGGGAUGACUGCCAACUCAUUCAAAUGUCACUCAACAACCGUAGGAUGACAUCAAGUGACCUACAAAACGAAUGGCAAAUGGCAGCUGGGGUGAAGUGCACGGCGAGGACGGUUUGAAACAGGCUCCUAGGGGGAAGGCUGAAGUCGUGCAAAGCUAGAAAAAAGCACUUCAUCAAUGAUAAGCAAAGAAGAGCCAGGCUGAGGUUUUCAAAAGACCAUAAGGAUUGGACCGUAGAGGACUGGAGUAAGGUCAUCUUCUCUGGUGUGGAUGGAGGACCACCAGAUCAAGACCCUGUCAUGGCCAGCCCAAUCUCCAGACCUGAACCCCAUUGAAAACUUCUGGAAUGUGAUCAAGAGGAAGAUGGAUGGUCACAAGCCAUCAAACAAAGCCGAGCUGCUUGAAUUUUUGCGCCAGGAGUGGCAUAAAGUCACCCAACAUCAAUGUGAAAGAUUGGUGGAGAGCAUGCCAAGACGCAUUAAAGCUGUGAUUGAAAAUCAGGGUUAUUCCACCAAAUAUUGAUUUCUGAUCUCUUCCUAAGUUAAAACAUUAGUAUUGUGUUGUUUAAAAAUGAACAUGAACUUAUUUUCUUUGCAUUAUUCGAGGUCUGACAACACUGCAUCUUUUUUGUUAUUUUGACCAGCUGUCAUUUUCUGCAAAUAAAUGCUCUAAAUGACAAAAUUUUAUUUGGAAUCUACACACAAUACCCCAUAAUGACAAAGCAAAAACUGGUUUUUAGAAUUUUUUGCUCAUUUAUAAAUAAAACAAAACUGAAAUAUCACAUUUACAUACGUAUUCAGACCCUUUACUCAGUAAUUUGUUGAAGCACCUUUGGCAGCAAUUACAGCCUCAAAUCUUCUUGGGUAUGACGCUACAAACUUGGCACACCUGUAUUUGGGGAGUUUCUCUCAUUCUUCUCUGCAGAUCCUCUCAAGCUCUGUCAGGUUGGAUGGGGAUCGUUGCUGCACAGUUAUUUUCAGGUCUGUCCAGAGAUGUUCGAUCGGGUUCUCAAGUCCGGGCUCAGGCUGGGCCACUCAAGGACAUUCAGAGACUUGUCCUGAAGCCGCUGUGUGCUUAGGGUCAUUGACCUGUUGGAAGGUGAACCUUCGCCCCAGUCUGAGGUCCUGAGCGCUCUGGAGCAUGUUUUCAUCAAGGAUCUCUCUGUACUUUGCUCUGUUCAUCUUUGCCUCGGUCCUGACUAGUCUCCCAGUCCCUGCCGCUGAAAAACACCCCCACAGCAUGAUGCUGCCACCACCAUGCUUCACUGUAGGGAUGGUGCCAGGUUUCCUCCAGACGUGACGGUAUUCAGGGCAAAGAGUUCAAUCUUGGUUUCAUCAGACCAGAGAAUCUUGUUUCUCAUGGUCUGAGAGACUUUAGGUGACUUUUGGCAAACUCCAAGCGGGCUGUCAUGUGCCUUUUACUGAGGAGUGGCUUCUGUCUGGCCACUCUACCAUAAAGGCCUGAUUGAUCUCCCGAGUGACGCAGUGGUCUAAGGCACUGCAUCGUAGUGCUAGCUGUGCCACUAGAGAUCCUGGUUCGAAUCCAGGCUCUGUCUUAGCCGGCCGCGAUUAGGAGACCCAUGGGGCGGCGCACAAUUGGCCCAGCGUCGUCCAGGGUAGGGUAGGGAAUGGCCGACAGGGAUGUAGCUCAGUUGGUAGAGCAUGGCGUUUGCAACGCCAGGGUUGUGGGUUCGAUUCCCACGGGGGCCAAUAUGAAAAAUAAAAAAAUAUGUAUGCACUCACUAACUGUAAGUCGCUCUGGAUAAGAGCGUCUGCUAAAUGACUAAAAUGUAAAAUGUAAUUGAUGGAGUGCUGCAGAGAUGGUUGUCCUUCUGGAAGGUUCUCCCAUCUUCACAGUGGCACUCUAGAGCACUGUCAGAGUGACCAUCGGGUUCUUGGUCACCUCCCUGACCAAGUCCCUUUUCCCCCGAUUGCUCAGUUUGGCCGGGCGGCCAGCUCUAGGAAUAGUCUUGGUGGUUCAAAACUUCUUCCAUUUAAGAAUGAUGGAGGCCACUGUGUUCUUAGGGACCUUCAAUGCUGCAGACACCCUUCCCCAGAUUUGUGCCUCGACACAAUCCUGUCUCGGAGCUCUACGGACAAUUCAUUUGACCUCAUGUCAACUGUGGGAGCUUAAAUAGACAGGUGUGUGCCUUUCCAAAUCAUGUCCAAUCAAUUUAAUCUACCACAGGUGGACUCCAAUCAAGUAGAAACAUCUCAAGGAUGAUCAAUUGAAACAAAAUGCACCUGAGCUCAAUUUCGAGUCUCAUAGCAAAGGAUCUGAAUACUCAUGUAAAUGUGAUAUUUCCGUUUUUUUAUUUUAUAAAUGUGCAAACAUUUCUAAAAACCUGUUUCCGCUUUGUCAUUAUGGGGUAUUGUGUGCAGAUUGCAGAGGAUUUGUAUUUAUUUAAUCAAUUUUAAAAUAAGGCUGUAUGUGGAAAAAGUCAAGGGGUCUGAAUUCUUUCCGAAGGCACUGUAUAUAUAGAGACACACAUAUCAUACAUCCAAGACAUGAUAACCUCUCACCAUUACAAUAACAGGUGAGGUUAGAAUUUAUUUGGGUGUAUGAUAUUUGUGCGUCUGUAAUUUUCUCACCCAAUAUUAUUCACAAUUCAUUCAGGAUUACCCGUAAUCAUGAUAGCAUCCACAUUAAUGUAGAAGUUUUGAGAAACAUAUUCUAUUCUUAUUUACAAUAAAAGUGACUCCAAAAUGACACAAUACAUUAUUUACCAUUCAUUUCUAUUAGGCACAAAAUAAUCUCAAACACAACCAAAACAAACAGCAAAUUCAUCCAACAAGCUUGAUGUAGUCAUUGCCUGCUAUGAAUAUGGGACCAAGUACAUAACUUUUUACUACUUUAAUAUGCAUAAGUGAAUUUGUCCCAAUACUUUUGGUCCCCUAAAAUAGGGGGGACUAUUCACAAAAAGUUAAAUAAUUUCUAAACGGUUCACCCGAUAUGGAUGAAAAUACCUUUAAAUUAAAGCUAAUGUAAUGGGUUGAAAAUAAAGUCACUAAAAACAGAUACCCCUUUUUUUAACCAAUUCGUUUUUUUGUCUUAAUUAAUCUAAAUGAUGUACUCUACAUGCUUGAGCAUUAGUAGUCCAUCAUGCCAAUAGAUGGCGCUGUUGCACUGUGGUAGUAGGAGAAACAACCAAGCGCGCACCAUUCUUCAGAAUAAAUAAAGCGCCAGAACUUUGCAGAUGUAAACUUGUCCGUUCUCUUUACUAUUACAGGUAUGUAACAGAACUUCAGAGAAUAUGUAAUAACAUGCUAUUAAACAACUUUGUCAAGGUGUUAUCACGCUAGGAAAGGUUUGGUGUUGUUUUUUGUGUCGAACUGAGAGAGAAGAACGUGCGUUACAAUGAGUGAGAGUAUAUGUUAGCUUGAUGCUAGCAGUUACAGAGACUGUUGACUGAGUAGCUUGUACUGGAUUUAUGUUAGCUUGAUGCUAGCAGAGGUAAAGUCACAGAGACCGUUUACUGAUUAGCUUACUUGUACUGAAUUUUGUCUAGGAGAUUUUAUAAAGAAUCCAUUUGUUAGGGAUUUCUGAGUUCGUUUAACAUGUUAUUGGUUUUGUGUAAAAUUGGGCUCACGAGCUGGUAAACUCGCCGCGCACGUAGUGCGGGUGCAUGAGAGGGAGACGAUUUUAGUGAGAUGCUACUAUCUUAAAGCUGAAUGUAUUGGCAGUUUUCUAUAUUGGUAUAGGUAUAUAGAAAAACUGUCAUUUAUUUUUGUCUUUAUAUAUGUGUUUCUAUUGUAUGAAUGUGAAGUACAUUUUGGUUUUCAUGUGAAAUUAUACAGUAAGACAAGGUUAUUUGUGGAACAUUUUUGAAUUCUGCUUUAGGUAAAGUGCAUUUAUGUUGUGCACUUGUUUGAUGUGAAUGUUUUUCAAAGUAAGAACAAGAGAAAAAACAUUAUUCAGAAUAAAGAAAGGGCCAGAACUUUGCAGAUGUAAACUUGUGUCUGUUCUCUUUACUAUUACAGACCAUCUCAGCUACAGACUGAGGCUGGUAACACUGACAGUCUGCACUUUAACUUCAUAGUCACUGUAUCAUUUCAAAUCCAAAGUGCUGGAGUACAGAGCCAAAACAACCAACAAAUUGUCACUGUCUCAAUACUUUUGAAGCUCACUGUAUCUCUCACCCCUCCUUCCUCUUGUUUGCCCAUUAGGAGAAGAGGAAGCUAGAGGAUGAGGUGGAGGAUGCGACUGAGAGGCUGAACGAGGAGCUGGAAACCCGCAGGAAGACUUCCGACAAGCUGACCCACGAGCGCCACCAGAACCAGAAGGAGAAGGAACACACGCAGGAGGUGAGAGGUCAUGAGGUCACACCUGUACAUCGUAACCCACUGUACUAGUUUUGCUCUGUCAAUGAGUGGGAUUAGGGUUCCUUUUGGCUUUCGUUAUUUUUCAUCUGCUGGGUAGAAGAAAUAAAAUAAAUAAAUAGGGCUGUUAACGUUAACACGUUACAUUUUUUUAUGUAGGUAAUUAUUUUGAUGCCGUUAAUCGCAUCUCCAUUGCUUCACCGUAUCAACCCUUUUUAAGCAAGUGUUUCUGCACGGACUCUAUUAAGCGCAACACACAACACAGCGUUCACUCGCUGGCAGCAGCUUCUGUUAUGUAGCGAUGUCUGUCUGACUGUGGUGCUUAAACAUUCACUAAAUGCACGUCUUUGAGCAACAAGAAAAACGUACUGAAAGUUAACGAUAAACACAUUCCCAGGUGUUUCUUUAGAUAACCGCAAAAGCAUCAUUUGUACAGAAGUAGCUAGCUAGUUAUGCUCAGUGCUUAAUUUGAAAAUCGGGAGGUGCCGAAACAAACAGUGAGCAUGAGAAGGGGAUGACCUGGGGAGUUCUGAGGUACCAGAAUGCAUUAAAAAAAAAAAAAAAUCCUUUAUAAUAAAUCAUUGUAUUUAAAUCAUCGCUUUUGCGUAGUGGCAUAGAGCAGUAGAGUAGAGGCACUUACAGAAGUUGCACACAUGGGGCACAUUUUUAGUAGCAUUAUGUCCGAAGAAAGUUUUGACCUUUUUAUAAACACAAAUGAUCGAAAUGGCAGGCUACUUUGACGAUGACAAACUGAGAAUCAGAGAUCAAUAAAAAUGACCUUGUCUUGAAUCCAUCAAUUGUCUAGGCCUAGGUGUGUGGAGGCACAUAUUGUAGGCUACAAUAUGAGAAGGAAAUAAUAGUCCUAAAAAUCCUUUCCAGUUUCACUGACUCACCCAAUGAUGCGCAGCUCACUCACUGGUGAUGGCCGAUGCACUCGUGCCAAAAGCCUAUCUCUCUCUCUUUUGUAAAACAAUAUUUGGAAGUUGAUCAAAUAUUUUGGUGGCCUACAGCAUAUAGUCUAAAUAAAUGAUUUAAGUGCAACGCUUGAGAGAUGAGAGUUCAGGCUCAUGUCUAUCGGAGCAGAGAGGGAACUUGAUUUAACUCCGAUCACUUUUUGAAAAACAUAUUACAGUGCAAACAGUGAACAAAUUGUAUAAAUAAUUCAGCGUGAGGUACCGUAGCUGGGCAAAUAGGUGCCAGAACAAAUUAGGUCAAAUCUGAGAGGUGCCAGAUCCUGUUCCGGCAGGAUCUGGCACAUAUAUUAAGCACUGGUUAUGCUAACGUUAACCAAACUAAUGUUAAACAUGGUCAUCACUGAAUGCCUCUUUAUACAGUGCCUUGCAAAAGUAUUCAUCCCCCUUGGUGUUUUUCCUAUUUUGUUGCAUUACAACCAGUAAUUUAAAUAGAUUUUUAUUUGGAUUUCAUGUAAUGGACAUACACAAAAAUAGUCCAACUUGGUGAAGUGAAAUGAAAAAAAUUACUAGUUUAAAAAAAUUCUAAAAGAUAAAUAACGGAAAACUGGUGCGUGCAUAUGUAUUCACCCCCUUUGCUAAGAAGCCCCUAAAUAAGAUCUGGUGCAACCAAUUACCUUCAGAAGUUUUUUUAAUUAAAAAGAUAAAGUUAAAAUACCUAUCACAUUUCACAUUUAGUAAUGACAGAAACUUCACGCACAGUAAAACUUGUGUAUGACUUAAUACAAUUAUUUCAAAAAAGGUGCUUGUACAUUGAUAAGCAUACCAAAGCACACCAAAGACGGCAUUAACGAUAAGUAAUAAAAUAAAGACGGCACUUCAACAAGCCUAUUUCACACCAUAGCCUGCUGAAUUUGCAAGAUAACUUUUCUUUCAUUUUGAUUUCAGCACAAAUUAAAAUGUGGCGCUGACCCGCCCAUUGAUUGAUGUUUCAGCAUUGUCUCAAUGCAUGCACAGUUACAAGCCUGCUAGAGUUAGCAGCAGCCGGACAAGGAAUAUCCACCGCCGUAGUGUGGAUUAAGCCUGAGCUUGAACGUGAAGCUAACUGAAGCUGGCUAACUUUAGAAAACCCUGAGUAGAUCUAGCUUCAAUCAUAGUAUACCCCUCUGGCUGAUCUGUUGUUAUUGUCGUCUGUGGAAUUCAUAAUAUUGUUGGACAGGUUGAAAUGCUCUUUGUAUCCAUAGAGCCAGUUCUUUUUUUUCCUAUAGGUAAUCUUCCAAUCAGAAAUUGGGAGAACACUCAUUUAGAAUGCCUGAAGCUUUAACAGUACGUGUGUGUGUGUGUGUGUGUGUGUGUGUGUGUGUGUGUGUGUGUGUGUGUGUGUGUGUGUGUGCGCAUGAGAAAUGUUUAACUUCAAGAACAUUGAUAACAGGGAGUAGGCCUACUUAAACAUUGGGAGCAUUUUGUUUCUGAUAGAGAUUAUUUUGUGUUUCCGUCCCUUACAAUAAAAGUAUGCCUUCCUUUAGGGACAAAUUUGAGCAAAUUCAAAAAUUGUGAUUAAUCGUGAUUAACCAUAGAAAAUCAUGUGAUUAAUCGCAUUUAUUUAAAUCGUUUGAGAGCCCUAGUAAAAAAGGAUACCUACAAUUGUUUUAUUUUUCUUUCAACCAACCCCUCCAACGGUUUGUGACUAGUUGCUCUUGCAGAAUAGACUAUUGCGGUAUCUCUCUCUAACAGCAGUCUCUCUCUCCCCUCCCUCAACCAGCUGAUUGAGGACCUGCGGAAGCAGCUGGAGCACCUGCAGCUAUACAAGCUGGAGGCGGAAGCCAGGAGGGGGCGCUCUCCCAGCGCCGGGCUGCAGGAGUACCAGAGCCGCACCCGCGAGGCCGAGCUGGAGCAGGAGAUCCGACGCCUUAAGCAAGACAACCGCAGUCUGAAGGAGCAGAACGACGAGCUGAACGGCCAGAUCAUCAACCUGAGCAUCCAGGGAGCCAAGAAUCUGGUGACGGCCUCCUUCUCCGAGUCGCUGGCGGCCGAGAUCAACUCUGUGUCCCGGGGAGAGGUGAGUCACAAUAUAGAUAGUAGACAGUAGAUGCACAUAUACAGUGCCUUCAGAAAGUAUUCACACCCCUUGACUUUUUCAACAUUUUGUUGUGUUAUAGCCUGAAUUUAAAAUGUAUGAAAUUUAGAUUUUUUGGUCACUGGCCAGCACACAAUACAACAUAAUGUCAAAAUGGAAUUAUGUUUUUCGAAAUGUUUACAAAUUAAUAAAGAAUGAGAAGCUGAAAUGUCUCGAGCCAAUAAGUAUUCAACUCCUUUGUUAUGGCAAGCCUAAAUAAGUUCAGGACUAAACAUUUGCUUAACAAGUCACAUAAUAAAUUGCAUGGACUUGAAUGACUACAUCAUCUCUGUACCCCACACAUACAAUUAUCUGUAAGGUCCCUAAGUCAAGCAGUGAAUUUUAAACACAGUUUCAACCACAAAGACCAGGGAGGUUUUCCAAUGGCUCGCAAAGAAAAGCACCUAUUGGUAGAUAUAUAUAUAUUUUUAAAAACAGACAUUGAAUAUCCCUUUCAGCUUGGUGAAGUUAUUAAUUACACUUUGGAUGGUGUAUCAAUACACCCAGUCACUACAAAGAUGCAGGCAUCCUUCCUAACUCAGUUGCUGGACGGGAAGGAAACACCAGUGGUGACUUUAAAACAGUUACAGAGUUUAAUGGCUGUGAUAGGAGAAAACUGAGGAUGGAUCAACAACAUUGUAGUUAAUCCACAAUACUAACCUAAUUGACAGAGUGGGGAGGUAGAAAGCCUGUACAGAAUACAAAUAUUCUAAAACAUGCAUCCGGUUUGCAACGAGGCACUAAAGUAUUACUGCAAAUAAUUCACUUUUUGUUCUGAAUACAAAGUGUUCUAUUUGAGGCAAAUCCAAUACAACACAUUACUGAGUACCACUCUCCAUAUUUUCAAGCUUAGUGGUGGCUGCAUCAUCUUAUGGGUAUGCUUGUAAUUGUUAAGGACUGGGGAGUUUUUCAGGAUAAAAAAUAAACGGAAUGGAGCUAAGCACAGGCAAAAUCCUAGAGGAAAACCAGUUUCAGUGUGCUUUCCACCAUACACUUGGAGAUUAAUGAACCUUUCAGCAGGACAAUAACCUAAAACACAAGGCCAAAUCUACACUAGAGUUGCUUACCAAGAAGACAGUGAAUGUUCUUGAGUGGCUGAGUUACAGUUUUGACUUAAAUCUGCUAGCAAUGAUCAAUAACCAAUUUGACAGAGCUUGAAGACUUUUGAAAAAUAAUAAUGGGUGUGGAAAGCUCUUAGAGACAUACCCAGAAAGACUCACAGCUGUAUUGACUGAGGGUUGAAUACUUAUUUAAUCAAGAUAUAUUAGUGUUUUAUUUUUUUGUACAUUUAUUACAUUUUUUAUAACUUCCACUUUGACAUUGCAGAGUAUGUUGUGUAGAUCGUUGACACGAAAUGACAAUUACAUCCAUUUUAAUCCUACUUUUUUAACAACAAAAUGUGGAAAAAGUCGAGGGGUGUGAAUACUUUCUGAAGGCACUAGAUAUACAGAGAAGACUAUGCAUUGAUAUACAGGCCAUAAAUAUACUGUAUAUCUCAGUGAGACUAACUUUGAUGAAUAAAGAUGGAAUAAAAUACAUUUCUUACAACUUCUGGUGCCCAUAUUACGGCCCCCAUCAAAAUUCUGAAUCUUAAAUGUAAAUAGCUGAAAUCUGUAUCGUAUGUCUUGUGUCCCUUUUUACCUUCUUGAAUAAUUGUUCAAUGCAAAUGAAAAGUUCAUAUAAGUUACUAUCCUUCUAAACAUUUGAUCUGUUUUGUUGUUUGCAGUUGAUGGAGGCCAUCCGCAAGCAGGAGGACGUCAACUUCCGACUACAGGACUACAUCGACCGCAUCAUCGUGGCCAUCAUGGAGUCCAACCCCUCCAUGCUGGAGGUCAAGUACUAGAGACGGCCAUCUUGGAACAGGGCAGCCUGGCGGCCUCUCCGCCUCACUGGACUGCCAUACUGAGAGAGACUGGCUAAACACUUAGACUGGCUACUGAGACUGACCACAAAUAUGUGUGUGUAUGUAUGUAUGUAUGUAUGUGUGUGUGUGUGUGUAUAUAUAUGUGUGUGUGUGUGUGUGUAUAUGUAUGUAUAUACACUACCGUUCAAAAGUUUGGGGUCACUUAGAAAUGUCCUUGUUUUCGAAAGAAAAGCAAUUUUUUUGUCCAUUAAAAUAACAUCAAAUUGAUCAGAAAUACAGUGUAGACAUUGUUAAUGUUGUAAAUGGCUAUUGUAGCUGGAAACGGCUGAUUUAAAAAAAAAAUUGAAUAUCUACAUAGGUGUACAGAGGCCCAUUAUCAGCAACCAUCAGUCCUGUGCUCCAAUGGCACGUUGUGUUUGCUAAUCCAAGUUUAUCAUUUUAAAAGGCUAAUUGAUCAUUACAAAACCCGUUUGCAAUUAUGUUAGCACAGCUGAAAACUGUUGUGCUGAUUAAAGAAGCAAUAAAACUGGCCUUCUUGAGACUAGUUGAGUAUCUGGAGCAUCAGCAAUUGUGGAUUCGAUUACAGGCGCCUCACAGGUCCUCAACUGGCAGCUUCAUUAAAUAGUACCCGCAAAACACCAGUCUCAAUGUCAACAGUGAAGAGGCGACUCCGGGAUGCUGACCUAGGCAGAGUUGCAAAGAAAGAGCCAUAUCUCAGACUGGCCAAUAAAAAUAAAAGAUUAAGAUGGGCAAAAGAACACAGACACUGGACAGAGGAAGAUUGGAGAAAAAGUGUUAUGGACAGAAGAAUUGAAGUUUGAGGUGUUCGGAUCACAAAGAAGAACAUUUGUGAGACGCAGACCAAAUGAAAAGAUGCUGGAGGAGUGCUUGAUGUCAUAUGUCAAGCAUGGUGGAGGCAAUGUGAUGGUCUGGGGGUGCUUUGGUGGUGGUAAAGUGGGAGAUUUGUACAGGGUAAAAGGGAUCUUGAAGAAGGAAGGCUAUCACUCCAUUUUGCAACGCCAUGCCAUACCCUGUGGACGGUGCUUGAUUGGAGCCAAUUUCCUCCUACAACAGGACAAUGACCCAAAGCACAGCUCCAAACUAUGGAAAACUAUUUAGGGAAGAAGCAGUCAGCUGGUAUUCUGUCUAUAAUGGAGUGGCAAGCACAGUCACUGGAUCUCAACCCUAUUGAGCUGUUGUGGGAGCAGCUUGACCGUAUGAUACAUAAGAAGUGCCCAUCAAGCCAAUCCAACUUGUGGGAGGUUAUUCAGGAAGCAUGGGGUGAAAUCUCUUCAGAUUACCUCAACAAAUUGACAACUAAAAUGCCAAAGGUCUGAAAGGCUGUAAUUGCUGCAAAUGGAGGAUUCUUUGACGAAAGCAAAGUUUGAAGAACACAAUUAUUAUUUCCAUUUAAAAUCAUUUCUAACCUUGUGAAUGACUACAUUUCCUAUGCAUUUUGCUAUAUUUCCUAUUCAAACUAAUUUCAUGUAUGUUUUCAUGGAAAACAAGGACAUUUCUAAGUGACCCCAAACUUUUGAACGGUAAUGUGUGUGUGUGUGUGUGUAUAUAUAUAUAUAUAUAUAUAUAUAUAUAUAUAUAUAUAUAUAUAUAUAUAUAUAUAUAUAUUAGUAUACUGUGUGUGUAUAUAGUAUACUGUGUGUAUAUAUAGCUAUAUUAGGUGGAGAGAAAAAACACUCCAAUUACCCUUAAAGAAGAUUUUUAAAGAAAUUGAAAAAAUAGGAUUUAUCAAUUUAUUUUUUGUCACUGUUUGUGGCUGUUACAAGCUACAUGGUUUAACAUCCCUGGGAUUUGAGCUUUGCUUUGUGUGCGUGUCUGUUCCCCCUGAAUACAGCAGGCUUAGGUUUUGAUGACUUCGCUGCAUUUGGGUAUAGGGACCUGAGUUUCCCUUGUGUGUGCGAAUAUGUUUUCUAUGCACAAACUCUUUCGAGAGUGUGACUGCAUGGAAGAGCUGAUUAACUUGUUGCUGUCCCCUUAAACAUAUUUUGGCCAAUUAUAUCUUAUGAGCCUCAACGCUAACUUGGUUCUAAAACGUAUUGUCCUUAAACUACAUAUCAGCCUAUACCAUCUUUCACCAUGAGAUCAGUAAAUGAAUGAACUCAUAGGAUGUUUGGCAGCGUUCUCCUGAAUUAGACUGAACCGUGUUUAAACCACGUUUAAACCGUAUGAAGCACUGGUCAGGAGACGAGGUCAGAUGAAGUCGACCCUGGCUGCUCUCUUGAAUACAAACUUGCCGUGCUGCCUGCUACAUUAACCGUGUCACGUUUGCAGUGUGAGUCUUUAUCCUGAUUUGACUUUGAUUAUUUUCCCAGUGUGAGUUAAGGCAACCCAGGUGAGGGACAUUUCCUGGGGUAGAGGAUGAGAAAUGACCUGAGGGUUAGUGGGUGUGUGUGCGGG